AUGACAUAUCCGACCGAAAUAUCAGUGGUCUUCACAAUCCCAGACACGCCAUCGUCAUCGGUACUGAUGAACCUAAGACUGUCGGCACCACGCUUCUACUUCCGCGUAUCAAAGGGCUACGAGCCGGUGGUGGUGGCGAUUGGCGUGACCGUGUCGACAUUCGGUUUCUCCACCGGAAAGGACACCUCCGUAGAGACAUUCUGGGCUGGUGUCCGAUCAUACCUUGACCGGUUUCCUGCUCAUGCCGACACAGGCAUCUACACUUACUUCUGGUUCAACCUACUACGACAGCUUCCACGAUGGCUGGAUGGCGGGAUUCCCUCUCGAGACCGUCGCCUCUUCAGAAAUGAAGAUGGGUUCUCUCUCCUCCCCCGUGCAGACUGGGAAAGCUCCGCGGCCCUGAACUCGACUUUUGAUGCCUUGCGUGCCACCGUUAGUGCAGGCUUGCCCUUGCUUGCAAACAUGAAGGCCGAGCUGCAUGACGGCAAUCCCCCAUACUCAGCCAACCCAGCUUUCCGGGAGACCUUGAUGCAUGCCAUCACUUCUACCAGCUGA